AUGCAAUUCACUACCCUUUUCGCCGGACUUCUCGCCUUCGGCUCUUUUGCCAUGGCACAAGAGAUGUGCAACCACGGCUGGUCAUUCGAUCAAGCCAACUGCGUAAGCAAAACCACUCUUGAUCCCCCUCUUCCCCCAAAAGAACAUUGGAGAGAACUAACAACCUUUCAGAAUGGUAUGAAAGGAAGGAACUUGUAUUGUUGCGAUCCAAACGGUGUUUCGUCAGAACAGUUUAACAUUCCCCGUGGUAAUUGUGGAGACGUCAAUGGGAUCGGCUGGGUUAACUGCGGUAACCCCACUGGUGGUAUACGAGCAGCUCAUAGAUGUAAGACGGGUUCAUCCCGUAUCAUUAUUCAAUAG